GUAAACAAAACACUAAGAUUAUGACAAAAAAUAUUCAGAAGACCCGACAGCAUCGUUGAAUAUUGAUUAAUGUACCUGUAGGUACCAGUUUCUUGUUUGCAGCUUCUUCAAGCAGCAUUAAACACAACUAGACGAGCGACUCGCACAUGAAUGCCAUAUAGUCAUGCAUCGGGUUUUCCAUGUGGACAUGAUGAAUCUCGUCCUUCUCAGUCUGCUCAUAUUUGUACUUGUUCUGGAAGCUCGUGGAUUACCAUUUACAUUUGGUAAAAAAACUUUCAAAAGAGUUAGGCGAAGCGAUACCAUAGCAGCCAAUGGUACAGGAAAUAAUAACGGAUCAAAAAUUGCAAGAGCUCCUCCAGGGAUUGGUGGCACAGGAAUACGUUAUCCAAUUUGCAUCUAUCAACUUGGUGUAUCAAAUAGAAACACCAUUAAAGAUGUUCAAAUCACGGCUUCUUCCUAUUAUGGAACUGACCACUUGAGGCCUCAAGAAGGACGUUUAUGGAAUCAAAAUGCAUGGUGUGCAAGCAGAGACGCCAAACCAAGGACAUUUAUACAGAUUGACUUUGGUUAUCUGAAAUUGAUAAGUGGAAUAGUUACACAAGGUAAACCAGAUACAGAUGACUGGGUAACACAAUAUCAUGUACUCUAUAGCUUGGAUGGGUACAAAUGGCUGCACUACAAGGAAGAUGGAAAAGAAAAGGUAUUUAAUGGAAAUACUGAUCGUAAUACUCCAAAGUUCAACUAUUUUUCUCGUCGAGUUGUUGGAAGGUUCAUCAGAAUCGUACCUCAGGCCUGGCGUGGAUACUUAAUGUGUAUGCGAGUUGAAGUCUUGGGAUGCUCUUUCAAUCAAAUUGAUAUUGCAGUAAACCAAACCACUGAGCAAUCAAGUACAAGCUUUGAUUUCUUCUCGUCAAGAGCAGUGGAUGGACAAAUAGAUAGAUACUUCAAUAAAAAAAAUACAUGCGCUGUUACGCAGUCCCAACCUGAUCCGUGGUGGUACCUUGACUUGGGAUUUCCUACCACCAUCAAAGAACUCUACAUUGCCAAUCAAAAGGAUGAUACAGGAAGACAAUUAUCUGAUAUUGAAAUAAGAAUCGGCAACAGCUUAGAAGGAAAAGGAAAGUUUAACAAGAAGUGCGGCGACAAACACACAAUCGAGCCUGGAGAGUUCUCGACAAUCACAUGCAAUAAUACAGGUCGAUACAUUCAUAUAAGCAUUCCUGGUAACAACAAGCAACUUUCUCUUUGUGAAGUGGUCCCUUAUGGAAUGGAUCCAUCCUUGGUUAACUAUAGUCCUCAAGAAGCUCUAAGUUACGUAAACCAAGUAAGGGCUAUUCGACUCAGAAAUGCCAUCCUUCUUCGACGACUGCAGCUGCAACGACUUCUUUAUCUUAAUUAUCUAAGGCAAAUGUUAAACAACACACAGAAUAUAAACGGUACCUAUCAAACAGCCAAUGSUACCAAAACGAGUAACGCAUCGAGUGCAAUAGGUGGUAGACUGCAAGGCCAAGGGGCUGGAGUGAUGGGUCAAGGACAAGGAAUGCUUGGUAGACUUCAAGGCCAAGGGGGUGGUUUGAUGGGUCAAGGACAAGGGAUGCUUGGUGGAUUUCAAGGCCAAGGGGGUGGUCUGAUGGGUCAAGGACAAGGGAUGCUUGGUGGAUUGCAAGGCCAAGGGGGCGGUCUGAUGGGUCAAGGACAAGGGAUGCUUGGUGGAUUGCAAGGCAAAGYGGGUGGUCUGAUGGGUCAAGGACAAGGGAUGCUUGGUGGACUACAAGGCAAUGGCUUGGGAGCUCUAGCUGGAGCACAAGGACAAGGAAUGGGUAUGGUGAACAAACUACAAGGACAAGGAAUGGGUAUGGUGAACAAACUACAAGGACAAGGAAUGGGUAUGGUGAACAAGCUACAAGGACAAGGAAUGGGUAUGGUUAACAAGCUACAAGGACAAGGAAUGGGUAUGGUCAACAAACUACAAGGACAAGGAAUGGGCAUGGUCAACAAGCUACAAGGACAAGGAAUGGGUAUGGCUAGUCAACUUCAGGGACAGGGAAUGGGUAUGGUGAACAAACUACAAGGACAAGGAAUGGGUAUGGCGAACAAGCUACAAGGACAAGGAAUGGGUAUGGUGAACAACCUACAAGGACAAGGAAUGGGCAUGUUUAAUAAGAUGCAAGGACAAGGAAUGGGCAUGUUGAACAACGUACAAGGACAAGGAAUGAAUGUGGCUAGUGGCUUGCAAAAUCAGGGAAUGGGAAUGGUUAAAGACCUUAGUGGUGAUAAAACAAAGGAUGAUCUUAUGAAAAAGGCAAUGAACUUAUAUAAAAAGCUUCAACCUAUGAUUGAAAAAGCUAAACGUUAUUUUGAAGAAGAAAUCAAAGGAAAAUACUAUAAAAUUGGAAUGAAUUACUUUUCGAAAGGAAAGGCAGCAGGCAUGAAGGCGUUUAAGAUCUUCCAGGAGACAAUUCUAUCAGAAAUACAAGGGAUGGUAGGAGGCAUAGCUGGUGAAGUAGGAGGUGAACUGGGUUCUUUGACCAACUACGACACUUCAAACAUCAAUGGACUGUUGGAUAAAGUGAACAAGACAAAGGUCCGAAAACUAGUUGAAAAGAUGCGCCCAUUGAUCGCAAAAUACAUUGAUGAAGCUCAAAGGCUAGCUAAUGAAUGGCUUGAAAAGGGGAAAAAAGAAUUCGUAAAAAUAAAAGACCAAGUUGUGAAAGAGAUCGAAAAAGCAAAGAAUAUGGGUGAAGAUUUGGCGGGACAAGCCGAAUCGAUGGGCAAAGGAGCAAUAGGUCAGGCUCAGGCAGUAGGAGGGCAACUACAGAAGAAGGGUAUGUCAGCUGUUGACCAGGCUAAGGGAGCAGGAAUGGGAGCAUUCAACCAAGCAAAACAAGCAGGAAUGGGUGCCAUUGACCAAGCAAAAAAUGCUGCAAAUCAAGCCCAACAACAGGCAUUGGGUCAGUUCAAUAAUCUGCGAAAUCAAGGGAUGGGUGCAAUAAAUCAAGUGAAACAGGCAGGGCAAGGUGCUUUAGGCCAGGCACAGGGAUUAGCAGGCCAACUUCAAGGCAUGGGCCAGGGUGCCAUUAACCAAGGACGCGGAGCAUUAUCUAGUCUUCAAGGAGCUGGAAUGGGUGCAUUUAAUCAGGCCAAAGGCCUUGGCGGACAAUUGCAGGGUAUGGGCCAAGGAGCUCUUCAGCAAGGAAUGGGUAUGGCUGGAGGUCUGCGAAAUAUGGGCCAGGGAGCAUUCCAACAAGGCAUGAAUAUGGCAGGAGGAAUGAGAAAUAUGGGCCAAGGAGCUCUUCAGCAAGGAAUGGGUAUGGCCGGAGGAAUGAGGAAUAUGGGCCAAGGAGCUCUUCAGCAAGGAAUGGGUAUGGCUGGAGGAAUGAGGAAUAUGGGCCAAGGAGCUCUUCAGCAAGGAAUGGGUAUGGCUGGAGGAAUGAGAAAUAUGGGGCAAGGAGCUCUUCAGCAAGGAAUGGGUAUGGCUGGAGGAAUAAGGAAUAUGGGCCAAGGAGGCUUUCAGCAAGGAGCAGGAAUGGCUGGUGGUUUGCAAGGUAUGGGCCAAGGAGCCUUAAAUCAAGGAAUGGGUAUGGCCGGAGGAAUGAGGAAUAUGGGUCAAUAUGGUCUACAGCAAGGAGCAGGCAUGAAUGGAGGAGUCCAGGGAAUAGGCCAAGGAGCUAUAAACCAGGGAAUGGGCUAGCUAGAUAGCACGGCUUUACAGAUUAUGACCUGACACGGACCAACGAUUUAUAUUAUGACUCAAGGAUAUAAAUGAAAAUCACCCAGCUCAGCGUCGACAGUAGAAACUUCACAAGAAAAAAAUAAUAUGAAAAGUUUUAUAAAUAAUAAUGACGCUAAACUAAAAGGGCAUAUAAUGAAUAUGACUGUAACGUCCAAAUGCACGCGCGAAAAACCAUGUUAAAUUUUUGUUCGAUUUUUUCAUUUCUUUCUGCUAUGAAGGACAACACAACGAAUUAAAGUUGAUUUCCGCCCCAAGUUAUUUACACAUUAACUUUUUAUCUCGAUUGGGCUCCCUGUAUUUAGCUGUUUCAGAUACAGUGGACUUACCCGUCUUGCCUCCCUUUUAAUAAUAAUAAUAAGUGGGGUGUACUUAUUUGCUGUGGGUUCUUUUGGCCCCAAGUCACCGUUCUUUUUCGCAAAAACAAUCAAAUUUCUUCACAUGUAUUCUGUUUUAUUUUCCAAUGAAUGUCAAUAAAGUAUAUAUAAUACCUAA